CCGGGAAUGACAAUUAAAACCCAAGUCCCCUGUGUCUCCCCGAUGGAGGGAGGCGGCGCAGCCUGCGGCCCCUGCUCUGCAAACUCUCACGGGGUUAUUGCUGCAAACAUGAGUAGUCCCAUUUAAGCCACUGGGAUAACUCUGUUAAAAGCUUGAAAUGUCGUCUUCGUCCUCUUCAUCCUCACCAUCACCACCUCCAAGACGACCUGGUAGACCCACCAUAUAUUCCCCAUCAGAAAAAAAGAGGAGGAGAAAGAGUCUUGAGAGAAAAAGGGCUCAAUCAAGGAUAUGUAUAAGAGAACAAAUAGGAAGAUGGAUGUCACUUAGGGAAACGCUUAAUGUCUUCUCACAUGCUGAAGUUGCCAAGUUUUUACUGGAUUUAUAUGACAGUUAUGAAAAUCAAGAUGUUGUGUGCAAGGAAUCAGAAGGAAAAAUACAGGAAGUAGAUGGAAACACAACAUUAAACAUAGAAGAGGAUGUGCCAGAGACCUCUUUAACAGCAAGCACUGAAAGAUUGCCAUGUGAAGAUUUAGAGCAUGAAUCUACAGACAAUUCAGGUGAAGAGUGUACUAUUGAUAAUGAUUAUGAUCUUUCUAAAAGUUUUUCUUCAGUUAAACACUUGAAAAAUGUGUCUAUAGCAGAGGAUAUAUUGGGUAUCACAGAUGAAUGUGAUGAUGGGUCACAAGGUGACUUUACAGAAACCUUUGAGGAGACAACUCUUGAUAUGACUUUGGAUGAAACCCAGAAUAUUGCUCAUGAAAAAAUUCACAUCAUUUAUGAACACUCUCUUCUUCAACUAGCCAAAAAAAUUGUUAUACCAAAAUGUUUGUUUUGUGCUGGUGAAGUUGAUAUUUCUAUACAACCUGUUUCCUCCUGUGUGCAUUUGAUAUGGAAAUGUAGUGCAGGACAUAUAGCAUUUGAAUGGUCUUCUCAACCCUUGAUAAAAGGACAGACAUAUGCAGGAGACCUUGCUUUAUCUGCUGCAAUCAUACUGUCAGGAAACAAUUUUGGAAAAAUUUCACAAAUGGCAAACUUUAUGAAGUUGACAUUCGUAAGUGCAAGUACAUUCUUCAAAAUGCAGCGUCACUUUAUUGUCCCAACUAUAGAGUCCUUCUGGUGUCGAAUGAAGCAACACAUUUUAGAGGAACUACAUGGGAAGGAAGUAGUCAUUAUGGGAGAUGGACAUAUGGAUGGCCCUGGCCACUCUGCACAGUACUGUGUAUACUCAUUCAUGGAUUUAGAAACUAAACAAAUUUUAGCCAUUGAAAUAGUGGAUAAACGCAAAACCCAACUGAACUCCCCAUUUAUGGAGAAGGAAGCCUUUCGAAGAGGAUUACAAAAGUUGUUGGAUGAACAGCUAAUGGUCAAAGAAGUGGUUACUGAUUCACACACCCAAAUUUCUGCUUUGAUAACAAAGAAAUUCCCCUGUGUAAUUCAUUCAUAUGACAUAUGGGGUGGUGCCAAAAAUCUUGGAAAUAAAUUAAUUGAGGCUAGCAGACAGAAAGAUUGUCACCGUCUUUUACAGUGGUGUUCAGAUAUUGUCAAUUACUUCUGGUUUUGCUGCAAGGAAGCAAAUUCAUAUGAAAAAUUUAUUGGAAUGUGGUGUGGCUUAGUUCAUCAUGUGGUCAAUGAACAUCAGUGGGCUAGUGGAAACGGCAUCAUUAAGGAACGGUGCAAACAUGGUCCUCAAAUGGAUGAAAGAGAAAAGGAAUGGCUAGAAAAGGGAAGCAAACCUCACACUGAAAUGUGCAGAAUAAUUUUGGAUAAAAAGUUUCUGAGAAACAUACCAUACUUUCUACAGUUUAGAUCCACAUUUGAUCUGGAACAAUUUCAGCAGCAUGUGCAUAUGUAUGCUACCAAAAGAUUUGAAUACACCUAUCCAGUGUACAGAGCAAGAUGUUUUUUGGCUGCUAUUGAUUACAAUAUGCAUUUGAACCGGCAAACCAUGCACAAUCAACAGAAUCAGUUAAUAUACCGUAGAAUAUACCAUAGAAAAUCUGGAAGAUGGACUUUGGUACCCAAGAAAGAAAAUAAGCACUAUGUAUAUAUUGAUGACAUAAUGGAGGAGAUAUUUCAACGCCAUUUAGGAAUAUAGCGGGAGGUCCUGAAGGCUAACCUCUCCAACCAAAUAUUUUGAGACUGAUUGCAAAAUUAAUUGUACUAAUUAGGCUUUUUCACAGUGUAAAAAAAUCUUCUCCAGGGUUAUAUCUAUUGGAAUUAUUUAGGGUCAUGUUUGGUUUUUAAAGAGGACAUGGUUCUAUUCUAGGGGUGGGAGGACUGAACUAUUUGUAUCUGUAUUAAAUCACCCCCAUGAGAAAUGGAUAAUAGUCAAGUUACAAAAACUUGCUAACUUUUUAAAUUGUGUGCCUGUGUGCAUACACACUCAUUAUAGUUUUAACUUUGAGAACAAUGUUUCUCAAAGAGUAAAACUACUUUUUGAUAAAAGUGAUAUGCACGUUUAUGUAUGGUACGUUUGUUUUUAAUGAGUUAUAAUAAAAUGUCAAACUA